CUCAGUCUGUGCAUAGACCUUUGAGCGAACGGUCGCCCAAAAUAGAAAACAAAAGCUAAAAAUAAGCAAAUUUAAAUUUUCACAGAGGUAAUACUGCAGAUAAGACAGACACCAGCAGUAUAGUUUAUGAGCAGGAUGGGCACUCUAUCGCUGGAUGAUUUCAAAGCGGUGAAAAUUCCCGUGCCAUGGGGUCACAUAUCGGGUCGCUGGUAUGGCAAUCGAACGGAACGACCCAUUCUGGCCAUUCACGGCUGGCAGGACAAUUUGGGAACCUUUGACCGACUGCUGCCCCUGCUGCCCGACUAUUUGGGCAUCCUGUGCAUCGAUCUGCCGGGCCACGGCAGGUCCUGCCACCUGCAGCCUGGCAUGCACUACAGCGUCGAUGAUUAUGUCGACAUCAUUCCGCGCGUAAUGAAGGAAUAUGGCUGGCAAAAGGUCUCCCUGUUGGGCCACUCCAUGGGCGCCAUUCUGAUGUUUGUCUUUGCGGCCCUGGCGCCGCAUGCUGUGGACAUGGUCAUAUCGCUGGACAUUCUAAUAUCCGAGUGCAGGCAGCCGGAGGGCAACAAUCUGCGGCUAGCCGCACACAACAUGGAGAAGCAUUUGGGUGAGGACGAGCGACUGGUGGGAGGCUGCAGCCGCGAACCGCCCGCCUACACGCUGCAGAAGAUGUGCAGUGCCCUGGCCAAGGGCAGCUUCAACUCGGUGCGCCAGGAGGUGGCCCACCACAUGCUGCACCGCCAGGUGACCCGGUCUCGGCUGUAUCCCGGAAAGUAUUACUUUUCACGGGAUGGGCGGAUAAAGUUCAUAAACCACGCCUACCUCGAUAACGGACUCUUUGCGGAGAUGGCGCGUCGCAUCGAAACGAAUCCCUACCUCGUCAUCAAGGCCUCCGAUUCGCCGUUUGUCGGGCCCAGCGAGGCCUUAUCUAUUCUGACUGCCAAUAAUCCAAAUUUUGAGUUCCACGAAGUGCAGGGCACCCAUCAUGUGCAUCUCAAUGAGCCCGAAAAGUGCGCUCAAUAUAUUGUGCCCUUUCUCAUUCGCCAUCGACCGCCGCCUACACUCAAUAGCUGGUCCAAGGAGCAGUCGUUGCUGGCAAAAAAGAUAUUCCAUGCCAGCAGCAAACUCUGAAGUAGCGUUACAAAUUCCACUCAUAAAUGUAGGUACGAUUAAGAUAUUUCUGGUAUUUCUUUUUGCGAGUUGCGUUGCUGUGCAGCGUGGGUGGAUCGAAUGUUUGUGCGAUUUGCAAA